AAAAAAAGGUUAUCCUUUUGAGAAUCAGACUAACACCAGAAUUUCCACUGGCAAAACUGGAUACUAGAAUUAAUUACAGCAGUGCUAUCAAGUUUCUGAAGAAAAUGUUUUUCAACCUGGAGUUCUACACCCAAACUAUCAAUCAAGAAUGAGAACAGCAUAAAGACAUUUUUGUAUAUGCAGUCACUCAGUUUACCUGUCAUAUACUGUUAGGACAAUAUUUAAGAAAGUAAUUCAAACAAGGGGGAACAUCAGCUCCCAGAUCAAAUCCAGUCACCCCAGGAUAGCCGUGAAGGGCUGUUCCAGCAUGAUCCUGUGUAGCAGACCCGGCAGAGAAUCAGGUCUCCGUUGCAGCAGAAGGGUCCAGGGGCCCUGAGAAGGGAGUGUGAGCCAAGAUGAGAUCCUGAUUUAAUGCGGGUAUGGCUUGGGAGCUCAGAGAAGAUUGAGGCUUGGAUAAAGGUGAACGAUACAAGAAAAAAUAAAGGCAAUGAGAAAAGCCAAGGAAAGCAAGAGUCAUGGUCCAAAUGUGAAGUAUAUAAAGCAAUUGAUAGAACGUAAGAAUAGCAAGUCUGUUUGACCUUAAUGCUAAGAACAGUUUCCUUUGAGGCCAAGGGCUUCUGAUACUGCUCCCAGACAGAAAAAGGAAAAUCUAACUACAGUUUGGUUCAGCACUGAGUAAUAUUUAUUUGGCUAUGUAAAAGAAUAGAUGACUGAAUUGUGGUUAAAAGACAAAAUGUGAGUGGUAAUAGGUCCUGUAAGUGUAAAGGUGUAGCUGGUAAAUGGCAAGACAUGGAGAAACUAACAGGAAAGUUUGGAAGGAAGAAUCCAAGUGCUGAUAGCUUUGUCUCAGUAACUAGGGAAUCAAGAUUUUUGUCAAAAGUUGAAGGGAAAAUAGAGGUUUGAAUCUUUAAAACUCAGAGUAGCAAAUAGAGGAACUAAAUCUAGUUAUUAAACAUAGGAUGGGAAGUGGCAAGCAGUUUGUUCUUUCCUUUUCAUAUUAUGGGGCCAACAGUAAUUGCCUAAAGCUGAUAAAUCAAUACAUAUAUAAUAAUCCAGAAUUAUGGAGAAGUAAAUCCAGAAUGAAAAGAGGUUUAUCCAGAGUGUGGGGCUUAGGAUGAGUUUGGAAUCUGUUGCUUUCUACCAUUAAGUAGUUUAUUUUUGAUUUCCUAUCAUUUGUACUUUUACUUAAGCAAAAAUUAAAUCCUGAGUUUGAAAAUGGGUUAAAUGUAGAGGUGACACAAUUGCCACAGUAUUUCUACUUUCUAACUUUUUAGGUCUUAAUUUGGACAAACUAAAAGGCUGUGUUUUAAAUUAAGCAAUAAUAGUGUUCUUGUUCUAAUGGUGCAAUAUUUCAUGUUUCCUCUGACCAGCUUGCAUAGCUAGGGGCAGAAUCUUUAAUCCUUGAGGAAAUGAAUUACUGCCAAAGACAGUGAAGCAAAGCUGCCAUUGUCCUUGGAGUUUUAAAAGUGUCCCAGUGUUUAGAACUUUUGAAGUAUUUUUGCAAAAGUAUACCAGCUCUCUUUGGGAGAGAACUUGAAUAUAUGAAAUGGGUGUGGCUUACUUGAAGAAUUUUGAAAUAACCUUGUGUUCAUAGCAUGAUAGUGAGUCCUGAGUCUUUGUGCCCAGGGCUCUGAUUAUACUCCAAAGACCUGAAUUUAUAUCAUAUCCCCAGUUACUGUUAUACUUAUAUCGUUAGAUUUUUACAUUCCAUUUUAGAAUUUCAAUGUUUAUUGCUUAUCUUUAAAGAUGAUAUUGUGGUUUUGAGUUUUGCCUUUUAAGUGUGGAUUUCUGAUAUGUUGAAAUCCCAAGGCAGUUUUUAUUUCAGUGCAGCUUUAAAAUUCAGUGGAGGUCGUUGUCCACUGGCCGGUUGUGAAAUGAUCUUAGUUCACACCCAGAUUCUUGCCCUGUGUUUAGUUUUUCUUGCCUUGACUGGAUAUGGGAAUAGACCUCUUAGGCUCUGCUCUUUUAAUUUCCACCACUUCCCUACAAAGGCCCUAACUCAUAUCCCUUGGUCCCUGUCACUCUGAAGGUCGAGUUGUCACGUAGCUCUUCCUUCAUACGUACUGGGACGGUCAGUAAUGAGUGCUGCCGCUGCCCUGGUCCUCGGAGUUGCUGUAAGCAUCCUGGUGGUGCCCGGAGAGUACCUGCUUUUCACACUGAACCAGCUGGGUGGCCUGGCUCCAGUUUUUGGCGUUUAAGGGCCUUGGAGGGAAAGGAAAGAAAGCUGGAAUUUGAGCAUAAAUUGGAUUUUGUGUGGGCUGAGGGUCUUCCUAGGUGUAGACUGUCCCUCCUAGACCUGUACCCACUCUGCUCGCUCAGGAGCCAACCGUGUCCUGAACAGCGUAGACCAGCACCCAGACCCUAAAUGACCUAGAUUAGGAAGUAGAUAGGUUGUUCUCUGCUGUCAUUGUUUGGACACAGCUCUAUUUACCUUAUUUAUUGUUCCUGCUCCGCAUAGCCUCAGCUAAUGGGCUGUAUUCUCCUGCCUUUAAGGCUGGUUCCAGGCAGAAUUUAAGAGCCUUUGCUUGUUUCCUGAACCAGGGAGUACAGCUUUACCUUGAAGAUGAAGGCACCUCCAGUUGCAGAAUGUGGUUGGGGUUACUGUGUUCUCUCAUCAAGGUGUAGCUUUACCUUACCUUUCGAUAAUGGGUUCUGCCACCUAAUCGUGGUGGGUCGCAGGAGACCAGGUGCAACCGGAGCAGGGGCGCCCUCUGCUGCUGGGUGUCCGCUCUUCUUCCCACAGCCGCCCAGCGGAUUUGUGAGGGGCGGUGGAACACCCCUGCUUCCUCCAUCCCCUGCAGGACCACCACCCCAGGUGGAGGAAGGACAGUGCCAGGACCAUGUGCAGGCAAAGCCUGCCCAGAAGCAGUGCAACAGCUAAAGUUAUUCUCCAUAGGUUGCUUGUGGGGGCCCCGCGGGCAGAAGCGCUUCCACUGCAGAGAGCCAACAGAACUGGAGGGCUGUACAGCUGUGACAUCACCGCCCGGGGGCCAUGCACACGGAUCGAAUUUGAUAACGAUGCUGACCCCACGUCAGAAAGCAAGGAAGAUCAGUGGAUGGGGGUCACCGUCCAGAGCCAAGGUCCAGGGGGCAAGGUCGUGACAUGUGCUCACCGAUACGAAAAAAGGCAGCAUGUUAAUACGAAGCAGGAAUCCCGAGACAUCUUUGGGCGGUGUUAUGUCCUGAGCCAGAAUCUCAGGAUUGAAGACGAUAUGGAUGGGGGAGAUUGGAGCUUUUGUGAUGGGCGAUUGAGAGGCCAUGAGAAAUUUGGCUCUUGCCAGCAAGGUGUAGCAGCUACUUUUACUAAAGACUUUCAUUACAUUGUAUUUGGAGCCCCGGGUACUUAUAACUGGAAAGGGAUUGUUCGUGUAGAGCAAAAGAAUAACACUUUUUUUGACAUGAACAUCUAUGAAGAUGGGCCUUAUGAAGUUGGUGGAGAGACUGAGCAUGAUGAAAGUCUCGUUCCUGUUCCUGCUAACAGUUACUUAGGUUUUUCUUUGGACUCAGGGAAAGGUAUUGUUUCUAAAGAUGAGAUCACUUUUGUAUCUGGUGCUCCCAGAGCCAAUCACAGUGGAGCCGUGGUUUUGCUAAGGAGAGAUAUGAAGUCUGCACAUCUCCUCCCUGAGCACAUAUUCGAUGGAGAAGGUCUGGCCUCUUCAUUUGGCUAUGAUGUGGCGGUGGUGGACCUCAACAAGGAUGGGUGGCAAGAUAUAGUUAUUGGAGCCCCACAGUAUUUUGAUAGAGAUGGAGAAGUUGGAGGUGCAGUGUAUGUCUACAUGAACCAGCAAGGCAGAUGGAAUAAUGUGAAGCCAAUUCGUCUUAAUGGAACCAAAGAUUCUAUGUUUGGCAUUGCAGUAAAAAAUAUUGGCGAUAUUAAUCAAGAUGGCUACCCAGAUAUUGCAGUUGGAGCUCCGUAUGAUGACACGGGAAAGGUUUUUAUCUAUCAUGGAUCUGCAAAUGGAAUAAAUACCAAACCUACACAGGUUCUCAAGGGUAAAUCACCUUAUUUUGGAUAUUCAAUUGCUGGAAACAUGGACCUCGAUCGAAAUUCCUACCCUGAUGUUGCUGUUGGUUCCCUCUCAGAUUCAGUAACUAUUUUCAGAUCCCGGCCUGUGAUUAAUAUUCAGAAAACCAUCACAGUAACUCCUAACAGAAUUGACCUCCGCCAGAAAACAGCGUGUGGGGCGCCUAGCGGGAUAUGCCUCCAGGUUAAAGCCUGUUUUGAAUAUACUGCUAAACCCGCUGGUUAUAAUCCUUCAAUAUCAAUUGUGGGCACACUUGAAGCUGAAAAAGAAAGAAGAAAAUCGGGGCUAUCCUCAAGAGUUCAGUUUCGAAACCAAGGUUCUGAGCCCAAAUAUACUCAAGAACUAACUCUGAAAAGGCAGAAACAGAAAGUGUGCAUGGAGGAAACCCUCUGGCUGCAGGAUAAUAUCAGAGAUAAACUGCGUCCCAUUCCCAUAACUGCUUCAGUGGAGAUCCAAGAACCAAGCUCUCGUAGGCGAGUUAAUUCACUUCCAGAAGUUCUUCCAAUUCUGAAUUCAGAUGAACCCAAGACAGCUCAUACUGAUGUGCACUUCUUAAAAGAGGGAUGUGGAGACGACAAUGUAUGUAACAGCAACCUUAAACUAGAAUACAAAUUUUGCACCCGAGAAGGAAAUCAAGACAAAUUUUCUUAUUUACCAAUUCAAAAAGGUGUACCAGAACUAGUUCUAAAAGAUCAGAAGGAUAUUGCUUUAGAAAUAACAGUGACAAACAGCCCUUCCAACCCAAGGAAUCCCACAAAAGAUGGCGAUGACGCCCAUGAGGCUAAACUGAUUGCAACGUUUCCAGACACUUUGACAUAUUCUGCAUAUAGAGAACUGAGGGCUUUCCCUGAGAAACAGUUGAGUUGUGUUGCCAACCAGAAUGGCUCGCAAGCUGACUGUGAGCUUGGAAAUCCUUUUAAAAGAAAUUCAAGUGUUACUUUUUAUUUGGUUUUAAGUACAACUGAAGUCACCUUUGACACUCCAGAUCUGGAUAUUAAUCUGAAGUUAGAAACAACAAGCAAUCAAGAUAAUUUGGCUCCAAUUACAGCUAAAGCAAAAGUGGUUAUUGAACUGCUUUUAUCGGUCUCGGGAGUUGCUAAGCCUUCCCAGGUGUAUUUUGGAGGUACAGUUGUUGGCGAGCAAGCUAUGAAAUCUGAAGAUGAAGUGGGAAGUUUAAUAGAGUAUGAAUUCAGGGUAAUUAACUUGGGUAAACCUCUUAAAAACCUCGGCACAGCAACCUUGAACAUUCAGUGGCCAAAAGAAAUUAGCAAUGGCAAAUGGUUGCUUUAUUUGGUGAAAGUAGAAUCCAAAGGAUUGGAAAAGAUAACUUGUGAGCCACAAAAGGAGAUAAACUUCCUGAACCUCAAGGAGUCUCACAACUCAAGAAAGAAACGGGAAAUUACUGAAAAACAGAUAGAUGACAGCAGAAAAUUUUCUUUAUUUGCUGAAAGAAAAUACCAGACUCUUAACUGUAGCGUGAAUGUGAACUGUGUGAACAUCAGAUGCCCGCUGCGAGGGCUGGACAGCAAGGCGUCUCUUAUUUUGCGCUCGAGGUUAUGGAACAGCACAUUUCUAGAGGAAUAUUCCAAACUGAACUACCUGGACAUUCUCGUGCGAGCCUUCAUUGAUGUGACUGCUGCUGCCGAAAAUAUCAAGCUGCCAAAUGCAGGCACUCAGGUUCGUGUGACUGUGUUUCCCUCAAAGACUGUAGCUCAGUAUUCGGGAGUACCUUGGUGGAUCAUCCUAGUGGCUAUUCUCGCUGGGAUUUUGAUGCUUGCUUUAUUAGUGUUUAUACUAUGGAAGUGUGGAUUCUUCAAACGCUCUAGGUACGAUGACAGUGUUCCCCGAUACCAUGCUGUAAGGAUCCGGAAAGAAGAGCGAGAGAUCAAAGAUGAAAAGUAUAUUGAUAACCUUGAAAAAAAACAGUGGAUCACAAAGUGGAACGAAAAUGAAAGCUACUCAUAGGGGGGGGCCUAAAAAAAAAAAAAAAGCUUCACAGUACCCAAACUGCUUUUUUCAACUCAGAAAUUCAAUUUGGAUUUAAAAGCCUGCUCAAUCCCUGAGGACUGAUUUCAGAGUGACUACACACAGUACGAACCUACAGUUUUAACUGUGGAUAUUGUUACGUAGCCUAAGGCUCCUGUUUUGCACAGCCAAAUUUAAAACUGUUGAAAUGGAUUUUUCUUUAAUUGCCUUAAUUUAACUUUCUGGGUUGCCUUUGUUUUUGGCAUGGCUGACUUACAUGUGUUGGGGAAGGGUCUGCCCAGUUGCACUUGGGUGACAUCCUCCCGAUAGUGCAGGUGAGUGUAGGUGCCUCCUCAGCUACACUAACAGAGUGGCCAUCCUAACCUCGGGACUGUUGCGCAGACAUCCAUCACGUUAGCUGUCACACAUCACAAGACUAUGCCACUGGGGUAGUUGUGUUUCAAUGGAAAGUGCAGUCUUAAACUAAACGUGCAAUAGAAGGUGAUGUUGCCAUCCUGCCAUCUUUUCCCAUUUCCUAGCUGUGUGAAGACCUGCUCACGUCAAAUGCAUACAGGUUUCAUUCUCCCUUUCACUAAAACACACAGGUGCAACAGACUUGAAUGCUAGUUAUACUUAUUUGUAUAUGGUAUUUAUUUUUUCUUUUCUUUACAAACCAUUUUGUUAUUGACUAACAGGCCAAAGAGUCUCCAGUUUACCCUUCAGGUUGGUUUAAUCAAUCAGCAUUAGAGUAUGGGAGGUCAUCACGUUGACCUAAAUUAUUUACUACAAAAAGAAAAUCUUUAUAAAUGUACCAGAGUUAUUUUAAUAACUUAUCUAUAAAUUAUAACCUCUCCUUCAUGACAACCUCCACCCCACAACCCAAAAGGUUUAAGAAAUAGAAUUAUAACUGUAAAGAUGUUUUUAAUUAUUUCAGGCAUUGGAUAUGUUUUAGUUUAGAAGCCUGCGUAAUGUUUCUGGAUUUCAUACUGUCUAACAUUCAGGAAUUCUUGGAGAAAAUGGGUUUAUUCACUGAACUCUAGUGCAGUUUACUCACUGCUGCAAAUACUGUAUGUUCAGGACUUGAAAUGGUGAAUGCCUAUGGUGGAUCCAAACCAAUCCAGUAUAAGACUACUGAAUCUGCUACCAAAACAGUGAUUCCAGUCAGAGCAUCGUGGCUUUUACAUUGUUAAAUGUUAUUGGAACCAUUUAAUCAGUGAGUCAAUAUUCCAUUUUUUGUUUUGUUUCCUCCCCUAUCUGUAUUCCCAAAAUUACUUUGGGACUAAUUUAACCAGAACUUUGAAUUGUGUUUUUAAUUGUAAAAAUGGCAGGGGGUGGAAUUAUCACUCUAUACAUUCAAUAGAGAUAGAAUAGAUAUGAAACCUGAUUUUUUUUUUUUAAUUACCAUGCUUCACAAUGUUAAGUUAUAUGGGGAGCAACAGCAAACAGGUGCUAAUUUGUUUUGGAUAUAGUAUAAACAGUGUCUGUCUUUUGAAAGAACAGAACACAGUUGUAGUGCCACUGUUGUUUUGGGGGGCUUUUUUCUUUUCAGAAAUCUUAAACCUUAAGAAACUAAGGACGUUGUUUUGGUUAUACUUUGGAAUUCUUAUUCACAAAAUAUAUUUUGUUUACAAAAAUUUCUGUAAAACAGGUUAUAACAGUGUUUAAAGUCUCAGUUUCUUGCUUGAGGAACUUGUGUCCCUAAUGUGUUUAGAUUGCUAAGGAGCUGUUAUUUUGACAGUUUUUAGACCUGUGUUAUUUAAAAAAAAAAAGUCCCAAAAAGGGUGCUGGGAGGGUGGUUCAACAAAGAAACAAAGAUGUUAUGGUGUUUAAAUUUAUAGUUGUUAAAAAUGUCAUCUCAAGUCAAGUCACUGGUCUGUUUGCAUUUGAUACAUUUUUAUACUAACUAGCAUUGUAAAAUUAUUUCAUGAUUAGAAAUUACCUGUGGAUAUUUGUAUAAAAGUGUGAAAUAAAUUUUUUAUAAAAGUGUU